CAACAUAUAUUUCUAUGUCCUAUAAAGUGUCAGUCAGCUCAGCCUACACACACAGUCUGCUAGGUCGUAAUAGUUCGGCUAAUCUCCGCCCAAACUAUAACCGGCUUUUCUCGGGGUAACGUUAGUAUAUGAAGCUGCUGCUCCUCUCUGAGCGGGACAGAGUGAGGGAGAGAAGGAGGAGAGAGAGAAACACACCAGGAAAACCCUGGAAAGAAGAUAAGCCUGUAUUUAACCAUGUUUUUGGAGUAGCAGUGUGACAGCUGGAGGACUGCUGGGGUGAGGAAGUACCUGCAGGAGCUUACUUAGCUUCCUAACGUAUAUAGCACCUUCCUUUAAACGGUUGGUCGGGACAGUCACAAACGGCCACAUUCUGCUGAUGUUGAGCUUAUUAAUGAGCUUGUGAUGACCUCCAGAUGUCAGUGUCUAUAUCUAAUGGGGCGUCACACGUAGAGGAAGAUAAGGAUGAAGAUGAGCAGGGGGAGAAGUUUGAGUUUGAUGAUGGGAAUGACAUCGGACCCCCAGAGAUGAGUGACCUGACCACGGACACAGCUGUGUCAAACCUUCACACCAAAACUAACACAACAACCAGUACAGGACCGAAGGGCCAAUACUGCUCAGAUAUGGAGGUCAGAGAGUUACCAGAGGGACGUUCCCCCUCCUCUGAUAUGGGAGUGACUGGAGAGUCAGAGAGCUUCUGGAAAGCGAGCAGUAUUUAUGAAGCCCAGACAUCACAUCGAGCUAAGGAGUGGCUUAGUGUGGUUUCAGAGCUCACACUGCGAUUGAACAAAGGACAGCCUUCUUUUAUGCCAGAAGGCUGUCAGCAGGACACUGCUGAGGCUGAGGUGUCCUCACCAGUCAGUCCACUGACGGAACAUCACACAGCUGGUGUAGACGGACAAACCAACCAGAGUACAAUGACCUGCAGCCCAGACAGUGUGGUCAGAGACCCAGAAGUCAUCUAUGAUGAUGUGCCUGCUGAGAAUACGCAGCACCCAGUGGUAGAUGUUGAUGACAUCUAUGAAGACAUCCAGAGACCUGAUCACUGUGGCUCCAACGGCUGGAGCUUCAGUGAGUUUGAGAAUUAUGAUGAGCUGUCAGACAGUGAGACUGUUCCUGUAGCCCUCAGCAGCAGCAAGCUGCCUGCCGAUGUGCUCAGCCUGAAGGAGCGUUGUGCUGUCACCAGGAGGGAAUUGGCGGUGCGUCUCAGUUCACCUCAUGUUGCUCACAUCAGACAGAGCUGUGACACCAAGGUGCAGCAAAUGAUGAAAGCAGCAAGGAAUGGUACCAAGGACAGUUUAGAAAAGACAAAGUUAGCCAUGAUUCGCAAAGUGUCUUUCCUGCAGAGAAAAGACUCAGCAGGUGAGGGAAAGGAUGACGCAGGUUACAUGGAUGUGUCUGUGUAUGAGUUAAGGCACCCUCCACCACAACUCUGCCCCAUGCCGGAGGGGCUCAGCAGUCAGCAGGUUGUCAGACGUCUCAUCCUCAGCUCCAUCGUGCAGAGUGAGAGCAGCUACCUGGACUCUCUCAAGAGAAUCCUCCAGGAGUACCAGAAGCCUUUGCUGGAGCCACAGAGCUGUAUCCUUAACCCCAAGAAGGUGCGGCAGAUCUUUUAUCGUCUGCAGGAGAUCCAUCAGUGCCAUUCAAUGUUCCAGAUAGCUCUGGCAUCCCGUGUGGCAGAGUGGGAUCACAGUGAGAGGAUUGGAGACCUGUUUGUCGCCUCGUUUUCGAAGUCCAUGGUUCUGAAUGUGUACAGCGACUACAUCAACAACUUCACCAAUGCCAUGGCACUGAUCAAGAAGGCCUGCAUGUCCAAACCUGUUUUCUUGGACUUUCUUAAGAAGAAGCAGGCAUCCAGUCCAGACAGAAUCACUCUGUAUGGCCUAAUGGUCAAACCCAUCCAACGCUUUCCUCAGUUCAUUCUGCUGCUGCAGGACAUGUUGAAGAACACUCCAAAGUCCCACACUGACCGGCUGCCACUGCAGCUGGCUCUUACUGAGCUGGAGACCCUGGCCGAGAAACUCAAUGAACAGAAGCGUCUUGCUGAUCAGGAGGCUGAGAUCCAGCAGUUAGCACACAGCGUUGGGGACCGCAGCCUUCACAAGCUGCUGAACUCCGAGCAGAGGCAGCUGAUUCAGUGCGAACUGCUGACUGAAAUUGUUUAUGGGGAUAAAGGUCAAGUUCUCAAGUCGAAGGAGCGAAAGGUCUUUCUCCUCAACGACACCCUGAUUUGUGCCAAUGUCAACCUGAAGGGUUCCCCUGACAUCAGCAGCCUGGUUCUUGUUGGUCCUAAGUACAUGGUGAAGUGGUGUGCCCCCCUGCUGCAGACCCAGGUGGUGGAGGUGGGACAGGACAGUCUCCAAAGCAGGACAGCCAGACGUCAGAGCUCCACCUCCAGCACUACAGGUAAAGUGUUCCUGGGUCCUCCCAGACUGUACCAGGAGCUAGAGGAGCUGCAGCAUGAUCUGGCUGUGGUGGAGGAGGUCUCACUGCUGGUGGGCACGCUCAAUGGAACCUACCAGAAUCUGAACACCACAGUAUCUCAGGACUGGUGUUUGGCUCUGCAGAGGCUUAUCCGUUUGAAGGAGGAGGAGAUCCAGAAUGCCAACAAGUGUCGCCUGCGCCUGUCUGUACCAGGCAAACCUGACAAGUCUGGUCGUCCAGUGAGCAUCAUGGUGGUCUUCAACACUCCCAGCCCCAUCUGUAAGAUCUCCUGGGUGAACCGGCUCCACCUAGCCAAGAUAGCUCAGAGACAGGAAAACACACCAGGGUGGGAAUGUGCUGCAGAAGAUUGGAAGACAAAAGCUCCCUUCAGUUGUCCACUGUUGACCUGCAAACUUCCUGUCUUCUCCUCCAAGACACAAACUUUGAAGCUGGAGGCUGCUCUCCACAGUCCAUCUCAGUCCAACCUGCUUGGUUUCUGCACUGCCAGUACGUCCUUACCACAGGGUUACCUCUGGGUUGCUGCUGGAGGAGGCACCUCCAAUCAUGGCCAAGUGGACAUCUUUUCCCUGAACCGUGCCACCCCUCGACUUGUCAAGACUGUCCCAAUGAGGGCCCCAGUGCUCUGUCUGGAGUAUGUUAAAGAGCUAUGUCCCAGCACAGAGAAGGAGGCAAAGAAGGCUCAUACUGCAGCCAAGAUAGGAAACAUCAUUUGCGUUGGCCUGCAGGACAGCAGCAUCCAUGUGUUUAGCAGUGUGGACACAGCUGUUCAGUGUCUGCUGACCCUGGUCAACCUCGACAGCUGUCCAGUCCUCUGCCUCAAACACUCGCUGUCCUUCCUCUUCGCUGGACUGGCUAGCGGCAAAGUAGCUGUGUACCACAGAAGAACUGGAGAGAGACUGUGGGAUGUGGACUCGUGCAAGCUGGUGUCUCUGGGCUCUGAGCCAGUCGGCAGUCUGCUGACACUUGAAGAUGCCGUAUGGGCCAGCUGUGCCAACCAAGUCACAGUGAUCCAAGGAUCCAGUCUUCACACACAGAGUUUCGAAGCCCACUCUGAUCCAGGCUGCAGUGUUAGCCACAUGGUCCGUUCAGGUGGGGGGGUUUGGAUGGCCUUCACUGACGGCUCCUCUAUUCACCUGUUUCACACCGAGACCUUGGAACCACUGCAGGAAGUCAAUGUCUCCACCCACGCUGCCCAUCUGACACCAGGUCAAGUUUAUGUCUCCAGCUUGCUGAUCUGCCAGGGCCUGCUCUGGGUGGGGACCAGCCAAGGCAUCAUCCUCACUUUCCCUGUACCCACCCUGGAAGGCAUCCCCAAGAUCACCGGUAAGGGCAUGUCAUCGCUGAAUGCUCACUGUGGUCCCGUGGACUUCCUGGUGUCGACCUCCAGCACCCUGGCCUCCGACUUGCUCAGACGGGACUCAAUCCUCAAUGGCAGUGAGGAAAGUAAAGCUGAUGAUGGAGGAGUUCACAGGUUGGAGCAGAGCAGUUACCACCAGGACACAGAAGUUCCUCCAUCAAGGGAGGAGAAGCCCAAGCGUCUCCUGCUGCAGUACCGCCUCCACUCCACCUGCCAGCUUCCUGGGAAGCUGCUGUCAGCACAGCCCGAGCAGGGGAACCCAAGAGCCCCCACAGACUCCCUGGAGCACAGCCCAGAGGAUGGUUCCAUCUAUGAAGUGAGUGAGGACCCCGACGUGUGGGUGAGGGGACGGCCCGUGGAGCUGGGGAAGGAGGGGGAGGCCAGGCGCAGCAAAGUCACUUCAACAGCCAUCGUCUCCGGUGGCAGAGGACACCGCAGGAUAGGACAGACCACAGCAGACACCUGCUCAGACUCCACUGAAAACACACUGCUGGUGUGGCAGCUCCCUCUUACUCUCAGCCAAUGACAGACAAGCAUGUCACUUGACUCAGUGAUUGUGCUUCUGGACACAUGAGUGGACUCAAAUGAGCCAAGGACCACCUCUGACAUGUUCAUGGUUUUCUGGUGUUCCACUUAAUGACUUAAAGCUGAAGUAGGUCAUUUUUAUAAUCAUAUCUUUUGUCAUAUUUGCUGAACCUUUCACUAUAUUCUGACCGUACUACAUGAGACAGAUAAUCUGUGAAAAAAAAGUUUUUCUGGCUCCUCCUACUGCUCCCAAGGGUAUUUACAAGAAUCCACUAGGCCAAACAUUAGAGACAGCAGAAGCUUGGCGUAAAAAACAGAGAAGUUUGAGUCACUGAUGAACAUCCAUGGCUUUGACCUGGGCACUCGCUACAUGGAGGGAAUAGCCUUGUGUUCUUUGCAGUUGACACUGACUGCUACAAGUGCGUAGCUGUGUAGAAAAUUAUCUUGACAGACCCCCAGAGUAUGAACCAUGCCUUGCGGGAAAUCAAGAUCAUCAGACGCCUCGACCAUGACAAUAUUGUCAAGGUAUUUGAAACAUUGGGCCCAAAUGGUCGCAGCCUAACAGAGGAUAGGGUGUCCCUAACAGAGGUCAACUCAGUCUACAUCAUAGAGGAGUACAUGGAGACAGACCUGUGUCAGCUGCUGGAGAAGGGCCAUGGCUCAUCAGCUUCUUAAGCACAUCAACUCUGCAAAUGUGCUACACCGUGACCUCAAGCCUGUCAACCUGUUUGUCAACACAGAGGAUCUGGUACUGAAAAUCAGGGACUUUGGGCUGGUCCGUUUCAUGGACCCCCACUACUCUUACAAGGGUCCUCUCUCUGAAGGCCUGGUCACCAAGUGGUACAGAUCUCCUCGCCUGCUGCUCUAUUCAGUAAACAUCAUUUAUUUCUAGCAGAUAUGCGAUAUUUAUUUUAUCACCAUGUGUUAUUUCAGUGGGGUUAUUGAAAAUUGAGGAGGUGGACACACUUCUAUUUUCAUAUCAGCACUAUAUGGGUGUGUAAGUGUUCCUUUGUUUAAUGGUAGUAUGCACAUUGUUCUGUUGUGUUCUAAAAGAAGUUCAGUCUUUCCAUUUUCCACCAAUAUUGUCCAAAAUAAUUAAUUAAUAUCAUUUAUUUCUUUUGUCCUUUAUUUAUAGGUGAAGUAUGUCUCUAGUGGAGAAAUUGUUUUAUGGUUUUAAGAACGUAAUGUAAUGGUAUGUAAUGUAAAACUUUGCAUUGAGGCAAGAGAAAGGUAUAUUAAAAGUUAAGUUAAUGUGA